CUUUCUCUCUCUCGCGUGUCUCUGGUGCGAGCGUGUCUGUAUUUUUCUGUCUCUCUUUCUCCCCCCCCCCCCCCCGCUCAGUUCCCUUUUUCGUCCGCUCCUUCCUUUGCCUCUGGAAACCAGCCAGGGGCCUUUGCUUGCAUUGCGUAUUGGUUCGGGGAGGCGUCUUUCUUCCUGCUCGGCCGGUGGCUUAAAAAGGUGAUUGGAGAAUUUCUUUAGCUCCGCGGGGGCGGGAGUCGCAGAGGGCCCGGUUGUGCGGUCUGCACGAACGCGGGAAGCUUGAGCUGCCGAUGUAAUAAAGGGAAGGGAGAGGAGAGCCUAGCUACGGCUCAGGCAUGAUCCGAAUCUACCUCUUGGAGGGAAAGGCAUUUGUGUGGAACUAUGCAGAUGCGAGGCGAAUCCGAGAGGAACAUCGUAUUGUCGGCGUGCUGGUGGGGGCAUUGCCUCGGAAGCCGAGGCAGAAUGUGCGGCUUGGGCUGCCUUUGGAACUGCUUCCUGAAGAGGUUCGGCUGUUAUUGGACAAGGGGUUGGCAACCCUGGUUAGGAGCCCAACAUCUCAGUCCCUUGGCCAUGGGAAGAACCAGGAUGCCUUAGUGCCAGAGAAAGUGGUUGCCUACGAGCAAGAACUAGAGGAGAACUACCAGGAGCAGCUGAGGCUCUCUGCAGAACAGAAGAAAACCAUGUUGGAGUCUCUUGCAGACCAUAUAACCCAGGGCCGAGCAAAGAAAUGGCAACGGAAAGGAGAAGGAGAAGAGCCCCUCCAAAGGCCUGCCGAGUCUGGUUCCUGUUUUGUGCUUCCCCGAGAAUCAAUGAUGAUCCAACUCCCCACUGAACGGACUCAGAUAGCUCAAGAAGAAACAGUAGACUGGCAUGUAGCAUCCCAGCUCUGGCCUUAUGCAGGUCAAGAACGUCAUGAGAUGCACUAUAGCAUUUUCCGGGACCUCUGGGAAAGAGGUUAUUACGUCACAACUGGGAGCAAAUUUGGAGGUGACUUCCUCGUUUAUCCAGGUGAUCCCAUGCGGUUCCACGCCCAUUACAUCGCGCUCUGUUUUUCCAAGGAUGCACCCAUCUCUCUGUGUGACAUCAUCAGUGCUGGACGCCUUGGCACCAACGUCAAGAAGACAGUCUUGCUCUGUUCAGUGGAGCAGGAAGGGACUGUAGCAUAUACAUCCCUACAGUGGAGCGGGAUGCAGUGAAAACAGAGUGGCUCAGAUCCUAGGAUUGCCAUUUGGAAUUGUUAGCGUAUGCUUGCCUAUUUGUCUUCCAGAGAAGGGGUCACCAACCCCACCCCCUGGACCGCAUCUCACUACUGGGUUGAGAUUUUCAGAACCCGGCCGCAGAAGCGAUGUGUGUGCAGAGCCAGUGAGGCGAGUGAGUUCGUGCAUGCUCCAUUGGCGUGAGCGUUGGGUGCACAGGCCCACCAUUCAUGCAAAUGGAACUAUCCACGCAUGCGCCGGCUGCUCAUGUGGAACCAUCCCCUCUCCCCACCCAUUGGUUCUGCAAAGCCAGAAAAAUUUGGGAGCUCUGUUCCAGAGUUCUCAGAUAUCUUGCGUAAAAGUACCGGGAAUGCUGGGAGUUGUAGUCUGGAUUGAGGAAGUUUGUUACGUUGACAUUAGUCUGAAUUAUGAUGGCAAUUGGGAUUGGGAUUUUGGUUGCUAAGCGAUACUGUUAAAAAGUGUAAUCUCAUGAUUGCAGCAAUAAUCUAUCAGUCUAGUGGUAAAUUGGUAAAGUGGCAAGUGCCGAUUGACUGUAGGAUGCUGCAGCCAUCAGUUUUGCAAGGCGUUUACCAAGUGUGUAAUCUUGGUCACAUGACCUCAGUCACUGCAACAGCCUCAACUUGGGCCAAUUGUAGGUGUCCCUUGUUUGCCACCAUUGUAACUCUGAUCACUGAAUAAGUGUUCUUAACUUAAGGACCUAUAAGUACAAUUUAUAUAUAGCAAUUAUAAAAGUAUUCUUAGCCAUAUUCUUAAUAUGUUGCAUGUAUGCAUGGUUAUUAAAGAAUGGGAUGUUCUAAAAAAGUUGCUGAAGUAAGUUCCUAACAGAUAAAAAGAUUGCUGUCAGUUAAUAUCAGAAAAACCUCAAGGUUGAACAUGUUUCCUCUAUAUAAGGAAUGCAGAUUUUUUUCAACAGGGGUAGGUAGCUUCGUGUCCUCCUAGUAGCUUGGAUUACACCUCCUGCAAUCUCUUGACCCAUGCCACUUGGUAUUGAACUCCCCAAAAGCUGUACAUCUGUACUGGGAGUGGGGGAAGCAGUUAUUACUAGUUGACCACCUAUGGUUUUAUUUGAC